AUGUCCCAGGGGCAGUCAUCAAAUAAGAAGCGCAACGCUUCAGUCGCUGGUAUGGGACACUCCGAUAAGGAAUCCAAAAAAACAAAACUUGAAAUUGAGGUCGAGCCCAGGCUAUUCAAGCUUCAGCAAGAUGCCAAGGAAUUCUCUGAGCAACUUGGACGUUUGGGAAACUUUGCUCCUGAAGACUUCGUCAACAAACUGGCUGGCUUAUGCGACUAUCUCAACAAACUGACUGCUGAAACGGUUAGAAAGUAUACCUCAGGUCCUGUACUCGCAGGACAUUUUCUCCUGCUAGAUUCAGAGGAAGCAAACUUGAUCAAACCACUCCCCCCCAUGGAUUCACAGCAGCUCGAGUUCACGAAACGGGGUCGCGAGGUAAUGGUCAACCAUGUAAAAAUAAUUAGGAAUCAUCUGUUAGCACUUGCUGACCAAAUUCGAGCCAAACCAGCACCAAACAAAUUUGCAGACAGCAAGGAAUGGCGUAACUUCCAGUGGAGACAUGACGCUAUUCUUUGCCGACGCCCAGCAGACAAAAGGGGAUUGCCCAUCCCUCUUAUGCACACCGCCUUCUGCAAAUUUGUCCACCGCUUUUAUGAGCCACUCGAGGAUGAUCACACUUCCAAAUACUUAUCAAUAGCUGACAAGCUCUGUCAAGCUAUGCCAUCAGCCUUUGAUACCGAGUCUCAUAGACAAAGGAUUUUUGAAGAGAUAUUUUACCCACUUGACAAAGGGUUGACGCCACGUCCGGAUUUCACCCUUGAAGCAAGACCUUCCACAGUCCUGGAGUCUGCUGGCCAAGUUGAUAUGGCCAAGACUACUGUGUAUAAAGGGGGCGAAUUGGUCCUCAUGUUGGAAGAGUUUAAGCUGGAAUGUACAGGGGACGCCUAUAUGCAAAAUUGUCGUUCAUACGAAGUUCUAUGUGGGGAAGCAAAGAACCAACAACUUGUGAACUUUGGCUAUCCAAUAUUCCUGCUAUGCGUCCUUGGGAUUAUUGAGGACGCAACCAAGAAAGGGACCACUGAGAAACUGCCAGAGCCAUAUUUAAUCCCAGGAUGUCCUGACAAUCGUCUACUUUACUUUGAUGAUUGGCAAGGAACAUUUGUGUCCCCAGUGCGUAAUGAAAACAAUUCAGACAAGCCUUCAAAUUUCUUGGCCCAGCUUCACAAGACCGAGGAGGAGUAUCAGCAUGAAGUAGCUGUCAAGUUUGUCUAUAAUUACACUGGGACGUAUGGGGAGGCCGUCCAUCAGUACCUCUCCGAUCUCGAUCUAGCACCUCGUCUUUAUUGUGCAAAGGAACUGCAUGUUGGGCUGUUUAUGGUGGUUAUGGAGCAUCUCUCAUUCGAGAAAGGUACUGGAGGCUGGGUGGAAUUGGACACGUUUAGAGGGAAACUAGGCGAUAUGGCAGAUGCCGUCCGAAAGAAGCUUGAAGGGAUCAUCGGCGUUCUUCAAGACCAGAAGAUGGUGCACGCUGAUCUGCGUCCCACAAAUAUCAUGAUGAAAGUGGAUGGGAAUUAUCAUAUAAUGAUGCACAAGGAUGAACCCAUUCUCCGUGUGAUCGACUUUGACUGGGCUGGAAAGGCGAAUGAGGCCCGUUAUCCACCCUUCCUCAAUCCAAAG